UCCAAUCAGCAUUUUUUAAAGAGAUCGAAAAUAUCGUCCAGCCGAGCUGGUUUAUCGAGCAGGAGGAAGGAGAUUUUCAAAGUCGAGCUCGUAUUCAUAUUUGUAAGGAAUCAAGAUGUUGUUCACGUUGCAGAAAUCGGCGAUUACACCGCUAGCCAUUCAAGUUCGUGGAAUGGCAACACUUAAAGAUAUUCGUCUUAGAUUGAAAUCUGUGAAAAAUAUCCAAAAAAUUACCCAAAGUAUGAAGAUGGUGUCAGCUGCUAAAUAUGCUCGUGCAGAAAGGGAUUUAAAACCAGCUCGGCCAUACGGUGAAGGAGCACAAGCAUUUUAUGAGAGUAGUGAAUUGACAAAAGAUGAAAAAAGACCAUCAAGCUUAAUUCUUGCUGUAACUUCUGAUCGAGGAUUAUGUGGUGCAGUUCAUUCCAGUGUAUCCAAAAAAGUCAAAUCCCUUUUGGCUGAAAACGAACAGGCAGAUAUCAAAAUUUUAUGCCUUGGAGAUAAAGCUAGAGCUCUCUUACAAAGACAAUAUGGUAAAAACAUCAUAAUGGUAUUUUCUGAAUUUGGAAAAAAGCCUCCUGUAUUUGAUGAUGCUACUAAAGUUGCUAACGCUAUUCUAAAUUGUGGACAUGAUUUUGAAAAGGGUGUUGUUUUCUUUAAUAAAUUCAAAUCUGUGGUUUCUUAUAACACAUCUGAAAUACCAAUAUUUGGUUUAGAUGCAAUUAAUUCAGCAGAAAAGAUUGCAUUAUAUGACAGUUUAGAUGCAGAAGUUGUUCAAAGUUAUCAAGAAUUUUCAUUAGCCAGCAUAAUUUUUUAUGCCAUGAAAGAAAAUUCUUGCAGUGAACAGAGUUCACGAAUGACCUCUAUGGAUAAUGCUACCAAAAAUGCAGGUGAGAUGAUUGACAAAUUAACAUUGACUUUUAACCGAACCAGACAGGCUGUGAUUACCAGAGAAUUGAUUGAAAUUAUUUCUGGAGCUUCAGCUCUUUAAUUAAAAUGUUUGUUUAAAAAAUUUAGUAUUUUAUAAAAAUAUUCUAGAAAAUAUAAGUAGUACUUUCUGGAGAAUCACUGCAAAACUGUACAAUAAAGAAAAAUGAACUGGAAAUGUUUUAGUGAUGUAAUAAGUGAUUUAAUAUUUUCAUACUUUCAUGCUUUUAAGAAAUAAUUUACAUAUUUUGUGCUAUAAACCUAUUUUAUUUUUGCAUUUAAAUGAAAAAAAUUAAAACAAUGCUGAUGUUUCACUACAAUGUUAUAGUAAAAUAAUAUAGGUUUAAUAUUUCAUUAGGUUUCAUGUGUGAAACCAGAGUUGGAGUCAUUAAAAAUUGCUUUAUUUUGUA